AUGAGAAUGUGGAUUCAAACAUACGACAUCGUUUCAUCGUUCUUUGGAUUGUUGUUGAAUGUUUUUUAUCGUGAAAUCAGGGUACAAGGAUUAGACAAUGUUCCAAAAGAAGGACCUGUCAUCUUUGUCGCAGCACCACACGCAAAUAUGUUUGUUGAUGGAGCAAUCUUCACAAAAUAUUGUCCACGAGAAGUUUCUCUCGUGAUGGCGAAAAAGGCCACAACGUUCAAGUAUGCCGGUCCCUUAAUCCGAGGAAUGCAUGCAAUUACAUUGGAAAGACCAGUAGAUUUUGCUGAAAUAGGCAAAGGAAGCAUUAAACUGGAUCAAUAUAAAGAUCAUGUGAAUGGUAUAGGCACGGAAUUCACAAAGCAAUUAAAAGUGGGGGGUCAAAUCGCUUUACCAGAUGAUUACGGAUCAUCGGAGAUAUUGGAAAUAUUAUCGGAUACGGAAUUAGUGAUCAAAGAGGAAUUCAAAGGUUUCAAGGCUUUAGAAAUGUUGACGCAACCCAACGGAACGCCUUAUGCAUACUUACCGCGUGUUGAUCAAAGUCCCCUUUAUAAGAGAACGAUUGAGGUGCUGAGUGCUGGAAAAUGUAUCGGAGUGCUUCCGGAGGGUAGGAGUCACGAUCGGGCCGAACUCUUACCUUUGAAAGCGGGUAUGGCUAUUGUUGCUUUGAGUGCCAUGGCAGAAAAUUCCAAUCAAGAUAUCAAGAUUGUGCCAUGUGGCUUGAAUUAUUCCUGUGCGCAUAAAUUCCGUUCGCGUGCUGUUGUUUUAUUCGGUUCGUCUAUUUCAAUUCCACCUGAAUUGGUAGAAAAAUACCGUAAUAAGGGUCAGGAUAGAAAACAAGCAUGUGGAAAGUUGCUAGAAAUCAUUUAUGAUGGAUUGAAAUCGGUGACGGUUACCGCCCCAGACUAUGAAACGUUGACGGUCAUUCGAACAGCUCGUAGUUUAUAUAGGAAUUUUCAUGGAUCCGGAAUUCACGAAGAAUUGAAAUUAGAUCAACGGUUCAUUGAUGGUUACAUGAAAUGUAAAGAUGAUCCGUAUGUUCAGGCAAUGCACAGGGAAAUAACGGAGUAUAUUCGAUUAUUGAAACAUUAUGGAUUAGAUGAUCGCCAAGUUCAUCAGAUUUCCAGUAGAGGAUUUAGAACGUUGGCUUUGUUGCUAUGCCAAAUUAUAAUCUUGGUCUUGUGUUUUAUUUUGAGUCUCCCUGGGUUAAUAUUAAACCUUCCUCUAAUUAUGGACACACAUUUUGUUAGCUCCAAGAAAGCAGAGGUUGCCAGGAAAUCGUGCGUCAUGAUCGCGGGACACCAUGUCGUGGCAACAUGGAAAAUUCUCACUUCCUUUAGGGACAUACCAAUUUUAUAUGGACUUUACACAUUCAUAAUACUAUUAUUAGCUCACCAAUAUCAUUGGAAUUUUAUUCUAAAUUCUGGAAUAUUUGCUCCCAUUAACGUUCUUAUAAUUUUACUCGCGUAUAAUUAUUACGUGUUGAUUCGAUUAUUUGAUAUGGGAUUUGAUUUGUAUAGAUCACUCUUACCCCUCGUCAUAUCAUUCACUUCACCACAAUCAUCAAUUCAGCAUCUUCAACAAAUUCGUGAUAAACUUUCGAAUGAUGUGACUGGCCUCGUCAAUGAGCUAAAAACAAAAAACAUGUGUUAA